AAUGAAUUGUAUGUAUUGAUUACAAAAGAUUAGGAGUUACUUACGAGAAGAAGAAGAAUCUUAUAAACAAGAAUGGAGAAGGUCGUGUCACAGAUCAAUGAAUGGAAAUCCAGUUUACCAAGUGAUUUUGAACAAAUUCAAAGUUAUGCCAUUCAUAUUAAGGAUUCUAUACCAACAUCAAUUGAAGAAUUACAACCAGGGAUUGAUUAUGUAAAAUCAAUUACUACUGAAGAUAUAAUUAGAGAUUUUUCUGAAUUUAAGAUUAGUCCAAUUACUGUAUCAUUAACAAUUACUGCUUUUACAACAUUAAUUAUAUUAACUAAAGUCUUUACAGGUAAUUAUCCUCAAGAUAAAUCAUCUAAAAAGGCUAAUAAAAAAUCUAAAUCAAAGAAGAAACCAAGUAAAGCUCAAAAGGCUAAUAAGAAUAUACAAGAAAUUCUUGAUUUUGUUGAAUCUGAAUAUGUUCCUCAAAUUGAUGAAUAUUUACAUAAUCAUAAAGAUUUAACUCGUGAAGAACUUGAAUUUAAAUAUAAUUAUUUUGAAGAAAUGUUAUUAAAAGAAUUAGUUAAAUUAGACAGUAUUGAUGUGACGGGUAAUGCCAUCUUGAGAGAAAAUAGAAAGAAAGUUAUUCAAUUUAUUCAAGAUCAUCAUAAUAGAUUAGAUAAAUUUAAGAAAGAAGCUAAAUUUUAGAUUUCUUUAUCUAUUUAAUUAGUGUUUAUACAUUCACUAUAAUAAACUUGUAAUUGUUCUAAAUAAUAUAAUUAUUAAUUAAUAACUGUUUUAUGAGCAUCGAAAUCUUCUGGCUUAAUUCUAAGUCCUCCUUUAACUCCAAAUUCUGGUAUACCACCAUCACUAGGGGGGAAAACAUCAGUUAAUAAUGUAACUUUUUCACCUAACCAUAAUGCUCUAUUAGUAUGAUCUUCAAGAUCAU